AGUAAUGCCUUCACGUCCAAAGAAAAAACCAUCAAAGAAGAAGCUCAAGCAUUCCGCAGCACAACUCAUCAUCCACCACUCGCUACCUACCAUUCAAAUCCAUGUCCCAGAAAGGUUUGUGGAAACUAAUUCAGACGUGAAGUUUUGUUGUGAGGAAGAAUUAAGUGGUUGUGAGACUGCUUCUGUGACUUGUCAAGACCAUUCUUGCCAUCCAAACUUAGUAGCUGAAGAGGGACAAGAGAGGAGUAAGUUUUCUGCAGAUCAUCAUCACCAAAUGGCGGAUUCAUCAAACGGAAACGGAAAGUUAGAGGAGAGUGAGAAAGUUCAAGAGGGUGAAGUGGUUGAAUCUGUAAGGGAUAUAGCUAUUGAUGACUACUCGGUAGAGCAUGCGAAAAAGACACAUGAAGAGCCGGCUGAAGCUGCUGAGGAGAGUCCUGAAGUUGUGGAAUCAGGAGAUGUAGUGGAAGAGAAAGAAGACGAGGUUGUUCCAGUCUCGAUUGUGGAGAAGGAAACUUCUGUUGUUGAACCAGAAGUGAAGGAAGAAAAGGAGGAGGAGCAAUAUGUGCCAUCUGUGGCUGAGACAGAUGGACCUUCUCCUGUUGUAGAAGAUGAUGUGUCAGAGGAGAUUGAGGAGAAGACUAAAACAGAUUUGGUCUCUAACGGGGUUGAGGAAUCAACAUUGCCGUCUUUGAGUGAGGUGACAACAAAUGUGGUGUCGAAAGGAAUUGAAGAAACUGAAGUGCCUUGUUCAGAGGAGAAGGAAGAGGAGGAAGUUGUUACAGCUGCAAAGGGAAUUGAAGAAGUAAAAUUGCCAGUUAUUGAAGAGAUUAGUACUGGGGAGUCAUCAGGUGCUGAUUACAAGGCAACUAGUGAAAGUGUUGAUGAUGAGACAUUGAAACCGUCGCCUGAGGUUCCAGUUCCUCCUCCAGUUGAAUCAACUGAUGCUGGAGAAGGGUAUGGCAAGCGUGAGAUACCUGAAACUGCAGAAAAGCCGUCUAUUGUAUCUGUGACAAGAGCCCCCCUUCAACCAACUUCAUGGAGGAGUUGUUGCGGCCUUUUUGAAGUUCUGCACCGAUCUGAUAGAUGAUUCAAGCUGAUGAGUGGAACUGAACUAUGGAUGAUGAAGCUCGCAGAGCUAAGUUUAUAUAGGGAGUUGGGGAUUCAGAGUUUCGCAUAUUUGGUUUUGCGUGUGGAGUGAAAUUUUACUUAUACCGGUGGUCUUUCUUUUCCAUAUCUUGCGUUUUGCUUGAGAAACAUUCUUUCUUGGGUAGUUUUUCUCUCUUACUUUGAUGAUUGCAUGUACGUAAGAGGGUUUUUUUCUUCUAUAUUUGUGCUGAAUAGUUAAAACUCCCUUUGGUUUGUUGGUACAUAUUGUACCGGAUAGUUUAUUGGCAAAUGUAUACACUAUUGGAUAGUUUAUUAACUUUUACUGGAUUUCAAUAUCAUUCU